AACCGCCUCGCGCAGCAGACUCAACAGCAGAGAGGUUGUUAUCCAAGCGCGAGCUUCGUGUUAUGUCAUCUCUUUACAUACGCACAACAAACACAUCCAGAUUUCUUCGUGUGGGUCGCGGAAGAGCGAAAUAAAAGCAGUCAGCAUGUUUGGAGCAGUCGUGGUUGGCAUGGGCACAGCAGGUUGUGUGAGGAUUAGAGACAUGUUAGCUCCACAGCCUGGCAGUCCUGCAGAGAAGCUCACUGCCCGAGGAGUCAUAUCCAGGAGAAGCCUGGACACUCAGGAAGUGAGUCAGAUCUCAGUAGAAGAGGCCGUGAGCAGAGACGAUAUUCAUGUGGCAUUCAUCUGCACUGAGAAUAUGUUGCAUGAGGAUAACAUCAGAACUUUUCUACAGGCAGGGAAACACGUCUGUGUUGAGUAUCCCAUGACCAUGAACUACAAUGCUGCUGUGGAGCUCUGGGAUUUUGCCCAGGAAAAAGGAUUGAUUCUCCAUGAGGAACACAUCGAGCUGCUGACAGAAGACUUCAAAGGACUGAAGAAGGAGGUAGAGGGAAAAAUCCUGCAGGAAGGUACUCUGCAUUUUACUGGUGGACCUCUGAAGCCUGGAUUUGGUUUCCAAGCAUUCAGUGGUAUUGCUCGCCUCACCUGGUUGGUUGAGUUGUUUGGUGAGCUGUCAGUAACUGCAGCAACCUUAGAGGAGGACUCUGGUAAAAACUACAGCAAGAUGACUGCAAAGCUGCUGACAUCUGACAACAGACCUCUGACAUGGAUUGAGGAACGGGGACCGGGCCGCCCCAGGGCUAAGAUAAACUUUCGCUUUGACUCCUGCACCCUGACCCAGAUCCCUCCUGCACCCAGAGGAGCUGUGGGCCUCUUCAUGCAGGACAUGAUCCACUUCGCUGCCAAGCUGGUGGGCCAAGUCAGUCCAGAGGAGCUCCAGAGAGAGAAAAUCAGGAUCCUACACUGCUUAAAACUGGCAGACAAGAUACAACAACUUUGCCAAUGUUAAAUGGGAACGCUCCAGAUUUUGAUAAUCAUAAACCUUGGAUCUUCUUAUUUAAAGGUGCAAUGUGUAA